UCUAUUUUUUCCUUUUCCUUUUUUCGUUUCGAAACACGGUGGCUUCCUAUGGUGAUAUCGAGGGGAUGCACUUGAUCGCUAAAACGCGUAACAUUCUUUGCAUAUAGAUGCGAUAUCUCGCUUUUUCUUUUAUGACGCAUUCACCUUCAAACAUUCACCUAUAGAUAUACAUACAGAGUGAUAAAAGUCGAACUCGAAGAAUUUGUCUUAAAGUAAUACGGUAUGUCUUAUUUCUACUGUUUCUCCAUAGAAAAAUUAUUGACUAUUCGCGAAUUACCUUCGUCGUGUUUCUGAUAAAUGUCUCUUCAAAAAAUAUGCACGAUCUAUAACAAUGAAAUUGUUUCGUAGAGUCGUAAAGCUUCGGUGAAAUCCCAGGCCACGAAAAACGAUUGCCUUUCCAAUUAUACAACAUAAUCAACGAUGAUGCAUUAGGCGAUCCAUCGUUCCCAGUAGGAACCAGUUGCGAACGAACUCUCUGUUUGAUUUCAAUCUCUGAAGAAGUAGAACUGAGAAGAUAUUUGCCCGGUAAUCCACAGGGUAAGCGUAUCCACAAAUCUAAUAACGUAAUUGCAUGAUACGAAGAACGAGCUACUGAUGCCCGUUCUUCAAGGCGAACGAAAUAAGGGAAAUAAAUAACACGUCCACGCGAAACUAGUUUUUGCUAUAUAAAACAAAAGGGAAAUAACAACGUUCGUUCUUAUUCAUGACCACAAAUAUAUUCGAAUAUUCGCCAUUGAUUCGUACAAAACUACACCUGUGUGCUACAUAUAUCUAUCUAUAUAUAUGCGUGUUCAGCAUUCACAUAAAAUAUGUUAUCUGCGCCAGAUAAGAUACUCUUUCCACGUCGGCGAGUAUAGCAAUAAAGUCAAACGUAGUAAGCGUCGAUCCGUCAAUCGGUCGUUUUAUCGCCGUCGUGAACUUUUCCACGUAGAUAAUACCGUAGAACAGGUAGAAACUUUCCGCAUUUGGUCGUUGGUUAUCGAGCGAAAUGUUUUCGCCAGCUACGCUCUUGUUUUUCCUCUCGUCUGUUGUUCUUUGUUUAACAGCAGAAUCCACGCAAAUUCUGUAAAAGCGACUUGCUAAGUCAAGUCGUAUAGAGAUGAGCAUUGACCAAAAGCACGGGGACAACACGACCAUCGUAGUACAAAAUGUUGUAAAAUGUCUAAAUGUGUAAAUACGUAAAUUGUUAUGGAAUAUGUAAAAUGAUGUAAAAUACAGAUCUCAAUUUUCAUAAAACCAGUUCGUCUGUCUUGUUGAAUUGAAUUGAACGAAUGAGCGAAUCCGAGUGAACCGCAAUUAUCAAUUUCAUAGGGAAUUUCAUAUGGGAAAUACGAUGUCCACCGGUGUCCUCGUUAUACAAAUUUUCUAUUCUCAUUACGAUGAAACGCUACUGUUCACUCGCUGUUGGUACCGUUAACGCAGAAUUAAACGUAAAAUCAUAUAUGAUACAUGCAUACCGAUUUUGAUUCGUGAAUAAAAUUUUACGAUUAGCGAAGGAUCAGCCAGUAUAGAUCGAAUAGUCUUUUAAACUCGACGGAUAAUAGCGUUUGAACGUCGUUAUAUGUUGUCGAUAACGGUACAGCAACGAACAGAACGGUGUGUGGACUACGUUCGCGUUGUAAUUUUAGGGAAUGAAAUUUUGGAGAACGUCGGUUCGGAUAAUUACUAGGAUGUAUCGGCAUGUGUUUGUUAAAGCCGGUUAUUGAAUAAUAAUUUCGGCCAGGCAGUCGCGGCAUCGAAUAGUCGAGUGGGUUGGAAUAAAAAUGUGAGCCCAUCGUCACCGAUCACGUUGUUCGCGUUUAGUUACGCAGGACGCGUGAUCGUUUCGUUUAAUGGAAUAUCCGUACACGAUUGAACAAAUCGAUCGACAGAAUUUAUCAUAUUAUUACGGGACGUUGAGGAACACGAUGCUUUCCGAUUCGUUUGGCCGGCUACGACAUCAUGGGAACAAUUGAAAUUGCUGAUAAUAUGUUUCAUCGAUUCAGUCAGUUUAACUCGUACGAUGUUUUAACUUCGAUGGACAUUCAUUUUUCAUUUUUUAUCGUACAUCGCGAAUAUUUUCUUGGUCCGGUAGUUGUUUCUUUUUUCCAGUUCGCUGUUUUCGUAAAUGGAAUAUCAUAUAGCGGGAGAAUAGGGAAAUUGUUUAAAAAUUAGACCAAAGGAUCAACGUUUGACUCUUGUCACUUAUACCGCCAUACUCCAUCUUUCCUCGACAACUCUGUUAGUCCAACGUGUAAUUGCACACGACGAAGUAUAGAAAUUCGUCACUGUAAAUUCCGUAUAAGCGCUCGAACUUGUGUCACAGAUACAUGUCAUUCGCGUUCAGCAAUCUAAUUCGUAAUGUAUUACACUUCCAUUGGCGUUUGUAAUUACACAAACUCCAAACAAACUUGAAACAGGAGUGUUUCUAUAUUCGUUUACAAAGGAUAACGUCGAAUAUUCAUUACAUUUUGCAAUUCAGUCGAGUUGAACGCAACUAAUUUAAAGAGCAAAAAUUUCCAAGAGCAUAAGACAAUGCAGUAAAACAAACCGCAUACAUAAAGCUGUUCUGGUGCGAAUAAUAAUAUCAAAUUUGAUAUAACCAGAAACUUUCGCGAGGUAUUAUCGGGUCGUUACCCGACUCGGCAAUGUUUUCUUUCACUGCAUUGCAAAUUCGAAACGUCUCGUUAACGCGUGAAAACACCAAGUUUUAUAGAAACGUAGAAGCUUACUCGGGAAUUUCAAAGCUACUCACCGUGAAAAUUUUCUUGCAAAGUAUAUAUGUAAAGUUACAACGCGUACUUUUAUUCAUUUCCAAUGAAUAAAUAGGAAACACCUUGCCCGAAUCUUUUUGAAUCUGAAAUCAUUCAAUAGAUAUACAUGCUGCCAAUUAACCACGCUUAUUGAUUUAUCUUAAUAAAUCAGUUAUUUCCUUGGUAAAUUUAUCCACAGGACUGUGUUGCACAAUAAUUUACUAGCCAAUAAUAUUAACGAAUUGACAAGUGAUGAAUUAUGAAUUCGAAAUUUUUGUUCCACGAAUACUCCUUAUCAUUUUACCUUCCACACGGCAAUUCGUUGACCUGUAAUUUGUAAAAUUUACUUAAACUUUACUCGUUUUAUUAUUACACUUGUUAUCGUUACGUGAGAAUUAUUUAUUUAUUAGUAUUUUUAUAAUACUUGUAGAAUUUCAUUAGCAAUUUUCGUUUUAUUUUAUUCAAUACAACCCGAAUGAUAAUGUAGAGCGAUGUCGAUCGUCUAUACGUUUUCAUUGUAUGGUAAGUACGAUUUUACCUACCGUCGACAAUGCAAUAUCACAUAGAGGUAAACCUUACUAUUGGCAGUGAUAAGAAGUCAGAACACGUCUCGAAUUCCAAAGGUGUAAAGCUUAGGAGGUGAAUGAAAAGUCACGCGAUAAGGUGAACAAAUAUUCGUGUUUACCGUGUCGGAUAGGGUAGUAGCAUGAAUGUGUGGUAUAGGUAAGUCGUAUUCUACUACUGCCGGUUUCAAUUGGAUUACUAUACUGGGAUAAACUAAACCUCGAUAACGGAUUCGGUAUCGCAUGUAUCCCAACCGCGGAGGUUUAAGAGUAUUUUAGAUCUCAAAAGCAAAAGAAUCCGGCGGUGCUCUAAAGCUCUAAAGUAAUAGAAUCUUUACACCUUCAAACAUCUUUGAAGCACUUUGUAGCACUUUGAAUUUCGUGGCGUUGUGCAUCGUGUAUGCCAUGUGAAGCAACUACCUGCGUAUGGAUGCAACAGAGAGUGAAAUAAUCGAAUAUGAAAGAUAUACGUAUAGUUGAUAACAUCUGUAUCGUGCAUACACCAAGCUCGUUCCCUAUAAUCUUCGUUACUAUCCAACAAUUACGUUAUAAAACACUACUUGGAACAUCGAGGAAACUACAAAACGGACCCUUUACUAGGAAAUAAUAACUCGCGCUUUCCGGAUACUCUGCGUGUGAUAUGUAAUAGUCCUACACUGAAUGAUUAAUGAGAAUAAUUUAUUGAUCUUCGUUUGCCGCUGUUUUACGAACAUUUACAUCAGGGUGAAAGUUAUUUCGUUCGGUGUUCCAUGUUUCUAAAGAACAUUCAGUGAAAUGAGCAUGUUUAACGUGAACAUUCGUCAAGUACUGUACAUAGUGGAACUGGCUGGAAUGUUCACGUGCACCUGGCCAAUUGAUCCGAAUAGUAGUAAGAAACAAAUCUUUUUUCGCAACGUCCGAUGGUCGUUUGCGAUAUUAAAUGUUAUUUUCCUAACGAUAUCCUUGGUGUUCGCUAUCUUUCACUUUCGACACGAUAUACCUAUUUUAAUGAAAACUGCCUCCGAAGUAACAGCUCUGCUGGAGGUGCUCUUCGAUUUGAUUCUUUGCAGAAGGAAUAACGCUCAACUGCAGGUUCUGACAGGAAAAGUCAAAGCAUUCCUGGAAGUGGCCAGUGAACAUGAGAUUAGGGCAAUAGAAAGAUACAUGGAUCGUUACAAGCAAUUUCUCUCGGUAACUGCAAUGGGAUAUAUCACAACCGCGAUCUCAUUUAGUUUGGCGCCUUUCUUCUCGGCCCAAGAAUUACCAGCAGAUGGAUGGCUUCCAUUUUCCACCGAAUCACUCGGAAUAUAUUGCAUGGUCUACGUUAACCAAGUUUACUGCAUUUUUCAAACGGCAUUCUGCAUUGGCGUUGAUUUCACGAUCGCCGUUUUGUUCAGUUUCUCCGCAGCCAGACUGGACAUACUAAGAAUGAAACUACGGCAUGUGAAUAACUCUGACAUACUGGUAAGCUGUAUCAAGGAACACCAAGAAAUAAUAGGAUUUGUGGAGGAUACUAAAGCUACUGUCGAGACUUUAUUAUUCAAAACGAACGCCACGAUGGGAAGCGCUGUGAUAUGCGGAGCUUUCCCUCUGAUUUACAAUCAAUCAUUGGCCGUAAUGAGUCAGUAUCUUUCUUUUGUGGUGUCUGGUUGUACCCGGCUGUACGUCAUCUCCUGGCCAGCGGACGAUUUAAAAGAAAGUAGCGUGCAGUUCGCAAAAUCGAUCACCGACGUUCAAUGGUUAGGAAAACCAAAAAACAUGAAAAGCUCCAUGCUUAUUAUGAUGCAGAGAAGUCAAAAACCGCUACUCAUUAGAAUGAGUGGUUUGCUACCGCCUCUUACCUUGGAAUAUUUCGCAAACUUUAUAACUACAGUAUCGUCCUACUUCAUGGCAAUGAGAUCGAUGAUUGAAUCGUAAUUUUCCUGAUAUACAUUAUUUGAAUAUGUAAAUUACUGAAACAUGUAAUAAAUUUAUCGCGUUCGAACAGAAAGUUGUACAAUAUUUGCUUAAUAUGUUUCUUUAGAAUUAGAUAUAUUAACGCUAACUUUACCAGGCCAUUAUCGGACCAACAUCGAUCAAUUUCUCAAUUUUUCUUAAUAUAACAUGUUUUGUUAAUAUUACAUGAAGAAAUUAGACGAACAAAAGAAAUAACAAUGAAUGUAGAAUUUUAAAUUAAAUUUUGAAACCGGUCAUUUGACCGGGCCUGUUAACGUUAGUGUUAAUGGAAUGUCUUACCGAUUAAUCUGAAGUUUCGAUGCGUUGAACUUCUUUAAUACCAGUUUUAGCUAAUUGUAUGAUCUGUGUCCAUCGACGUUCGCAUGUAUUUUUCUGCUUGCGUCACUUACAGUACAUUUCGCGACACUUCCAAAGACGUUUGUAAUGACACUUUUGGUCCUUUCGAGUGGCAACGUAAGAAGAUCGCUCUAGAAAUAGGAACGUGCACUGUAGCUUCGUGUAGAUAUAACAAACAAGUAUUUGUAUAGCUGAAUAGACACAUGACUUUAUGCACGUAUACAAUUCUUUUUCGAAGAACGUUCUCUUUCUUUCCUGAAUUAUUAGCCCUGUUGCGUGAUAACUACCCUUUGCACCUGUCUAACACGGUACGUACUCUUAAUGUAUAAUGCAACCAAUAAUGAUUAGCGUUAAGUCAGCUAGCAGCGCACUACUGUAAAGAAAAUCGCAAACCGAUGGAACAUAUUCUUGAACGUAAUAAUUUAUUAAAUUUCUCGUACGUGUACAGCAAUUAUAUUCAAGUAACGUCUGCGAAUACUUAGUUGAUUUCAAAGCACUUUAGUUACAUAUAUUCUCGAUAGUUUGUAAUAUAUCGCACCAUUGUGCCGGUUCUAUCUACUUUCAUUAGAUUCAUAAGGCAACCACUUUAUAUAGUUAUGUUGAAACAAAUAACACCAGAGAAAGUUAUCCAUAUUACUUGGCUCAGCGUAGUGAUAAGCCUUUGUUGGCCACUUCCUAUCAAUAGCGACAGAAAUAAAAUCUUUUGUUUCAAGAUUCUACAAAUCUGUAGCGGCAUUAGUGGCUGCUUGCUGUUUAUGCCAAUAUUAUAUUCGAUUUAUUUGCACCUAAAUGAUAUCGUCAUUACUUCUUCCUGUAUGUGCCUUUUAUUAGGAGUGUCUCAAAAUAUUUUCCAGACUCUUAUAUGCUUCAUCAAGCACGAUUCUCUGCAGGUAAGCUUUAAUUUCAAUCACUGGUAUGUAAUUGUUUAGAAUACGAGACAUCUUACCGAUUCUGAUAAGCUUGAGAUCUUUCCGAGUAUAUGCUGCAGUAUCAGAAGUGAUAAGAUCGUUCUUGACAACAUAUUUCAAACUUAUGUAAAUCCGUGUGACGUGCCCCAUUCUACACACUUGU